AUACAAGCGAAAAGUUGCGGAGUGGAGCUCGCGCACUAGAUCGGCGAGUCAUGAGUAGAGAGGUGAGUCCCGAGCGGCAUCACCUGCGGUCUGGCCGUAGUUAUCCGGCUAGAUAUGUGGAUGAGGAUCGUAAUUCCCCGUUACAUCCCGAGUAUCAGGCGGCAGCGCGCGAGCUACAAGGCCUCGAAGGUCAGGCGUUGCCGACGAGGAGCCAUCAUUGAAUAAUUACAUCAUGCUGGUGGACGAGAUUCGAUACUGCUGGGACCGAGAGGGUCUAGAUCCGAUCGAGUUCUUUCGGAAUCUGGGGAAGACCUUGAGAGGGGAGGCGCAGACGCACUACCGAGUGGAGCGAGCACGACCGCUGCGGCUAUGUGAAAGGGGAGACUUUCCUCCGAGCAAGAUCACGCAGCAGUACUUCGAGAUCCUGAGUGUGCAGUUCCCUGGUGAUUCAGCUGAGUGGACGGCGGAGUUUAAUGACUUCAUUGAGGGCGGGGCGAAUCGCUCUUAGUGUAUUACAAUCGUCUGGUGGAAUUAGCAGAGGAUAUGAACUGCAUGGAGGAUCGGCUUAUGGUGGCAAAAUCUAUGGGAGGAUUAGAGGAGGAGCUGGUGAACGAGAUGAGGAGUGCCCUGUACCCGAUUCGCACGAAGGCAAUGAUGCGGCAGGUGUAUCAGAUCGCGAAGGAGGCAGAGCAAGGAUGGCAAUUUGUCGAUUCUCUAAGGGGAGUGCAGCGGCAGCCAGAUCGAAGAAGAGCGGCAUGGGCAGCCACUGAGGGUCGGCGGUACGACGAAGAGCAGAGGGAGUGGAACACCGAGGAGCGGCGCUGCCACAAGUGUGGAGAAGUCGGGCACAUAAGGCGAGACUGUGCGGCCGGAAUUACAUGUGACGUCUGCAGUCAGUUGGGGCAUUUCAGGCGUAACUGUCCCAGAGCGCCAACGUGCGGGGAAUGCGGAAAGAAAGGGCACACCGUUCAGCAGUGCUACCUGAGGAGCAUCUCAGGAAGGGGAAGGACUACUGGGGAACAGGAACUAGAGCUGGAGCUGAAGAAGCUUAGGGCGCAGCUAGGAAAGGCAGAGAUCAGUAAAGACCCUGAGAAAGCAAUGCUGGCAUGGGAGGAAGAUGAGGAAGACGAGGACAGCCAGAGUGAGUUCGCCUUAAUGGCGACGGCGCCCCGAGAUCGGAGAGAGUUAGGAUUGUGAAGCGGAGGAGUAGAUGGUAGACAGGAGGUGGCAGCCCCAAGACCGAGAAGACAAGAAGUCAGGGCAGAUGCAGAGGCAGACAAUCAAGCAAGGCGACACCCAGAAGAACGACUGGUGUGUCACAAGACGGCUUUGGUGGCUGUGCCAGGCAUCAUAGCGGUGCAGGGAGUCGGCGUUGAAAACGCGGUGAUCGACACCGGCGCCCCAAGUGUACUGAUGGGGCGGCAAUUGGCGGAAAGGCUGAAAGAAGUGGGACAGGUAAACGUGAUAAAGAAAGGCAUGUUAAUCAUGACAGCUGAGGGAGGCCCUCCCAAGUGGAUACCGAGCACCAAAGAGCCGCUUGAGAUCACCCUGCUGCCCGGGCAAGAACAGGAAACGCGGAUUCGGGUGCAGUGCGGAAUAACUGUCAGAAGACUAUGACCUGCUGGUGGCCAUGGAGCUGAUUUACAAAG